CAGAGUCUCAAUACCCAAGAUGAGGCUGGUCAAAUAUCUAAAGAACUGGGUCAUCGAAUGCUCACCAUACUUGGACAAGUUUGACGAGGCACGGCACUUUGGGAUCCAGGUGCCCUUGUUAGCUCAGAGCUCGCCAGGCUUGUUCUACGCAGUACUCGCCUUCUCAGCAAGGCAAAUGGAGAGAAAGGCUUGUUUGGAAAAGAGCUACGACAGUCUCGAGCUAUACCAAGAGAGCAUCAGACUGCUGGCACCAGGGCUACAGGCCAAGGACCCCAACAUGCUUGUCACGGCAUGCAUCCUCGCCGUCCUCGAGCUCAUGUCCGGCAGCCCCCGCAACUGGAGGCGGCACAUCGAAGGCUGCGCAUCACUCUUUGCCUUUUACGAAGUCACCGGCUUUUCAGGAGGUCUCCUGCAGGCCGUAUUCUGGUGCUACGCCCGUAUGGAGCUCUGCGGCGCCAUCAUAUCUGGCGGCGCCGAAAGCACCGUGCUCAGUCUCGACAAAUGGGUCCCGGCCGUGCCCGAGGGCAUCGGCACCACCAAGUCCCAGGCCGAAGACUUCGUCAAGAGCAUCUUCUACCAAAAGGGUCGCGAGACGCCCGACAUGCACGCCAAUUGGGCCGUCUACCUCUGCGCAAAGGCCUGCGACCUGAUGUACCGCCAGGUGAGGCUCGUCGAGCUCGGCGAGCAGGACGAGUCCGACGACAGGCCCCUUGUCGACCGCUGGCACCGGCUCUGGUCCGAGCUGCAAUUCUGGCGGGACACGAGGCCAAAGUGCCUGCUGCCCAUCAUGACGACGGAGCCGAGCGAGAACCAGAUCUUCCCCGUGAUUCUGUUUGCCCACUGGGCGGCGAUUUCGAGCAACCAACUGUACCACGCGGCGUGCAUAGUGAUGCUGGAGAUGAGGCCGCCGGGAGAGGCGCUGCCGAAUACGCUCGAGUAUUCGGCUAUUUGGCACGCACAGAGAGUCUGUGGCAUAUCGUGGACAAAUCCUCACCGCGGCAAUCUCAUUAAUGCAAUUCAGCCGCUGUAUAUCGCAGGCAGACUGUUGACGCACCCGAGAGAACAUCUGGAAGUCGCUCGGAUAUUCAAAAUUAUCGACAGGACGACGGGAUGGGGUGCCAUUUGGCGGCUGAAAGACCUGGAAGCAGAAUGGGGGUACGAGUCAGGGGAGAUCCUGAGCAUGAUUUGAUACCCGGUGUGGGAAGAAGAGCAUAUGGCAAACGAUGUCAUUUCGCUCACAAAUAAGUAACGAGCACAUACGAAGACAGCAUGACGCCAUGUGAAGCAAUUCCUGUAUAUAAUUUAAACGCUACCUAUGUAUAAUGACUCCAAGCCUGGGUAGAUACAAACACACAUAUUACCAUCUUAUGUAAAUUCAAUUCAGUCAAAGCAUAUUUCGCCUUUCAUUCUUAUUCUGGGGGGAGAGGGACGCGAGCGCAGCCUGGAACGAAAAUGUAG